AGUGCAAAAGAGAGAGAGUAAGAGACGGAAGAGAACCACUCCAGCACUUCUCUCUCAGCACUUUUCCUGCUGAGAGAGGGCAGUCCACUGGUCUAACGGUAGAAGAGCAUUAACACCAGAUCUUCUUUGCCCUCCUCCUGUCUAUUUCAGAACCAGUGAAGAUGACGACCUGUGGCAUCGUGACGAAGAGCCUGCUGCUGCUGGCUGUGGUGGUCGCUCUGAUCGGACAAGGAUCUGCAGCAGUUCCGAAGUUCUCUGAAUGCUGCACCAGGGUGAGCAGACAGCAGAUCACUGAAACCAUCGUGGACUACACGGUGCAAAAGAGAAACAAUCACUGUGUCAAUGCCAUCAUUUUCCAAACAGAGAGCGGUAGUUUGUACUGCUGCAAACAUGAUGAGAGCUGGGUGAAGGGGAAGGUCAGGCAGCUUAUGAUGAGACAAAGCAGCAUUGGCCUCCGCCCCCUCCCUCCUUAUCACCUUCCCCCCCUCCUUCAAGAGCCGGGCAGAAAAAAGAUUAGCAUUGGCCUCCGCCACUGCCUUCCUGUAGCUCAUCACCUCCAGCUCCUCUCCUCCACCAUUGGAGUGAACCAACGCCACGCCCUCAACGCAUUAUACCGUCCAAUAGAAAUGCAUCUUAUUCAGCGGCGGCCAACGAGCUCCAAGAUGGCUGACCAGAUACUUUUGAAGAGGAAAACAAUGAGCUGCUAGAUUUUUUUUUAAAAUUAAUUUAGGGAACUCCAGACAUACAAGGAUUUUUGCGGAAUUGGUUUAGGGGCACGUGCCAAUUUUUUUGAAUGAGUUCUGAGUUUGAAGUCAGAACUCAAAAAAAAGAAUCACAUUUUGCCCUAAUCCUCUUCUCUACAUUGUCAACCCGUUAUAGGUUAUUUAUUAAAUUAUGAUAAUAUAGCACAACAUUUAAAUGUAUUUUCAAAAGAGAGUCCUAUUUAUUAAUUGCAUUCAUCGUUUUUAGAAUUUUAAUAUUCAAAAGUAUUUUGUGGGUUUGAAUAUCAAUAAAAUAUGUCCUAUUCUAUAA